AUACACACUUUCAAAUAGGCCUACAUUGUUCUGUGCUUUAAGCUCAUAAUAAAACAAUAGGCCGUUAAGUCUAAUAAUUUGUAGAAGGUGAGAUCUGCUUUUGGUGGUUUAAUAACAUUAUUUUAAAUCCCUGCUUCUCAGAGAAAAAACUUUUUACAAGUCAACUGCAACACAUGAGGUGAAUCUCUCUAGGGGGCUGGCGAAGGUGAUGCAAACGAAAUACUGGGGCGUGACGCUCCGGCCGACUGCUGCCUGCGGAGUCUCGUCGACACGACAGGGAGAAUGGUAAACGGAGCGAAGGGGAGGGCGGAGGAACCUAAAGGAAAAAAGUUUAACUAAAAUGGCUUCCUUGUCUUCGGAACAAAACGAGAUUUGCAACGAAGAGUCGACAGAUGAGUCACCAAAAGCCAAAAUAAAGAAAGAGAAGGACCCGGACGAGGCUUCGGAGGAGCUGCUUGAAACUUUUCGCAAGUCGGAGCUUAGCUUUUCAAGUGACCAAGUGGCAUGUGUGUGCGAGGCACUUCUGCAGGCGGGUAAUGUGGAUCGCCUGUGGAGAUUCCUCUCCACCAUCCCUCCUUCUGCUGACCUGCUACGUGGCAAUGAAACUUUACUGAAGGCCCAGGCACUGGUCGCCUUCCAUCGGGAAGAAUUCAAACAAUUAUACGCGCUAAUAGAGAGCCAUGACUUCCACCCCAGCAACCAUGGGUUCCUGCAGGACCUUUACUUACAGGCAAGGUACAAGGAGGCAGAAAGGUCCCGAGGUCGGAGCCUGGGUGCUGUGGACAAGUAUCGCCUUAGGAAAAAGUUCCCCCUGCCAAAAACUAUUUGGGACGGAGAGGAGACUGUGUAUUGCUUCAAAGAAAAGUCGCGCAAUGCUCUCAAAGAUUGUUACAAGAUCAACAGGUAUCCCACUCCAGACGAAAAGAAGAAUUUAGCCAAAGCCACCGGACUAUCCCUGACUCAAGUUAGCAACUGGUUCAAGAACCGAAGGCAGAGAGACAGAACACCCUCCGGUACAAACAGCAAAAGUGAGUCUGAUGGCAACCACAGCACGGAGGACGAGGCCAGCAAGGACAUGGAUGACGGCAUCCUCAAGCGGCACGGCCACGAGGACCUGCUGGGGGUUUCCGUCUCCGUCUCUACCGCCGCCUCGCUCUUCUCCAUCACGGGUACGACGGUCGGCGCCGGUGCCACCACGGGCCAGCUGAUCCUGAACAGCGCGGGCGGCUUCCUCACGGCCUCCCCGCACCCUUUACUCCUCAACGGCAGCUCCCUGCUGUCCGGCGCCGGCGGCUCUAGCGUCAUCAUCAACGGCCUGGCCCUGAACGACGGGAGCCUCAACGCCGUCACGCUGAGCCCCGUCACCACCGCCACCACCAACCCGCCGCUGCUCCUGAACGGGGCGCAGGUCAUACCCAGGGCGGCGGCCGUGACGACGACGCCCACCACUGCGGUAAGCCUCGGAGAUCUCGGCCUGGAGGUGACGUCGUCGUCGGCCAGCGACAUGGAAACGCAGGCGAGUCUACCCACCGUGGUCCUGAACGCACACGCGGGUCCGAACGGCACCAUCACGCUCCCGCUGACGGAGGACGGGAAAGUCUUGACGUCAGCGGUGGUUGGUGGUGGUGGUGGUGGUGGUGGUGGUGGCACGGUGACACCGUCGUCUCUGUCGACUCUGGACUUUAUAAACUCCAUCGGCGUCCCUGAGGGGCUGGUGUUAAAGACGGAGGACGGCGUACAGACAUUGUCACUAACGCCCAUAUCCACCACCACUCCCUCUUCCUCGUCUUCCUCCUCCUUAUCAUCGUCCUCCUCCUCUUGUUCCUCCGUGUCCUCCCCGACCCCCCUCUCCCCCUUAGCUGUGAAUCCGAGCGGCCGAACCCCAGAGACUAUGAGCCCUGUGUCGGCCACCAUAGUCCCCCAGUCAGGUGGAGGUGGUGGUGGGGGAGGGGUGGUCAUCUCAAACCCUAUGGUGCCUUUGACUUUAACUCCCCAGCAGCAAACGCCGCAGCAACCAGAGAUUGUAGUGUUUGCUUCCACUGCUAGCUCCCAGCUAAGUCCCACUAACUCUAAUAUCUACCAGGUGGUGUCCACCUCCUCCUCCACCUCCACCUCCACCCCCACGCAGGUGCUCUCGCUCCCCCAGGUGGUGCCCUCCAUCCAGGGCAUCCCCGUGUCCCAGCUGGUCCACCAGCACCACCCCUCCACAACAGCCCAGGUGUCCCCCUGUCCCCAACUGGUCCCCGUGUCCCCCAUCACCACCACCACCCAUCACCAGUUGCCGCAGGUGUCUGCUGUCCCUCCUCAGCUGCAGAGCCAAAUGCUCCACAUAGCUCCCCGUCUCGCCCCCGUUGUUGUACCGCAACAGUCCGGCGCGGCGUCCACCACCGCCACGCUCAGCGACGGUAAUAUCGUGUCCCUGUCACAGCUGACAGCGGCGGGAGGUCAAGGGUUGUUGCCUCAGGGGUUGACGCUGCAGCUUAGUGACCCGUCAUCGUCGUCGUCCCAGAGCGGCGGCCUCCUCUCUCAGACUCAUCGGACCAUCAGCACCACCGUCGCCGCCGCUCCUCCGCAGCUCAUUUCAUCCCCCACCACCCAGGUGGUCCCUGUUUCUCAGUCCAAAGACCUGGGCCUGGGCCUGCCCCAGCUAGUGCCCGUGUCCAUGCCCCAGCUCGUGCCAGUCUCCUCCAUCUCGACGGCGGCGGUGCCCAACGGAGCCAUCUCGUUCCCCCAGGUGGUGCAAAGUAGCCCCUCGUUCUCCAUACCGUCCGGGGGGGCCUUCCAGAUCCUGAGCUCCAGCCCCGGCGUCGGAGUCGGGGUCCCCCAGGCACCCCUGAGGGUGAAUCAGCUGGGGACGCUCCAAACUGUGGGGCCCCCCACGGCCACCGCCACUCCUGGGGUUCAGAUCCUCAACUCGGGGAGCAUCAUCCAGAUCCCCUCCAGUACCCCAGGUGCUGGUAACUUUGUGCUGACGGGAGGCAUAGGAGGCAUGGGGGCCAGUCCAAUCCUGAGCCUGCAACAGGGCAAGCUCAUCCUGACCAUCCCGGCCGGCAUCCAGUUCACCAGCGUCCCCGUCAACAAGCCUGCCGUCCCCGAGACCACCCCCAUGGUCCCCAACAUCACCGGGAUCACCGACCAGCCUCCUGUCAUCCUCACCUCCGACACCCCCAUCGGCACCUCGGCAGUAGUCACACCACCAGCAGCAGCAACAGUCCCGGCCUCCCCCUCUCUACAGUGCUCCCCGCUGGGCUUCGUCAACGUCAACUCCGGCCUCUACUGCAGCCCCGAGCACGGAGCUCCAGCCAACCCCAGCCCCGUGGGAUCCCCCGACACCCCAGACUGCUCCUCCGCCUCCGGUGGCACCCAGACGCCCUCUGGUGGAGGUGGAGGUGGAGGUCCUCUUCCCCCUGCUCCUCCUCCUCCCACCCAGGGGGUGGUGCUGCCCCUGCCCUUGCCCCUGCCCCCACCGUCCCUCGUCACCCAGUCCGCCCUCAGCCCCGAGAGCAUGCUGACUCUGAGCCCCCCCAGUGACAUGCAGCUCUCGGCCCCCCAGCUGACCCCGGGCACCUGGAGCCCCGCCUCCUUGUCCUCCUCGGCCACGCUGGCCCUGUUCGACGUCGGGGGUGGGCGGGGGUCAAAGGUCGCGGGGAACCUGUCGGAGGAGGACCCGGGGCUAGGGCUGGGGCUGCAGUCGAGCGACGGGCUGCUACUGGGGGGCACGACACCCCCGCACUCUGGGGGCGACGAUGACAUGGACAAGGACUCGCCAUUAGGGGGCGGCGCAGAGGACAUGGACGAGUCGAAAAUCCUCACGCAGCUCCAGGCGGUGCCAGUCGACGAUGAUUUGGGAUUAUAGGAUUUUGGAUUUAUUUGGGAUGAUUUGGGAUUAUAGAUGCAGUAUAUACACUAAGCACUCCAGUCAGACUAUAUAUUUUUGAGAUGUGUCCUGUGUGUGUGUAUGGGGAAGAAUAUGAGGAGAGGAACUUUGUUGCGUUACAAUCUCUGUGUUCAUAAAUGGGGGUUCUGGUACAGUGUAAGACCUGCAAUGACUUAAUUUAAGCUCUUUUUUAUUCCUAGCCUCCCUUCCUUACCUCCCAAAGAGAGAUCUAGACUGACAAGAGAGUGAGAACUUUUUAAAAACUUUUUUUUUUUUUUUCAUUUGUUAUUUUUUGAGAGCUUACGUUGUUCCCAACCCUGUUAUUAUGGAUUCCUGUGAUCAUGCGAGCAUAUCUUUAUUACUGUACUGUUAGGAAAGAAGUGUCUAUCGUAGGUGUUAUGAACGGUCAAUGGACAAUCAUUGGGUUGAAUUCUCACACAGAGACCUUGAACGGUUCCAAGUGUUUGCUAUUGUGCAUCUACAUGUGAAACGGUUAUGAACUUCAGAGCUAUAUGUUUUUAAAUGAGCAUUAUUUUUUAUUUUUCCUUUUGGCUACACUAAAAUGUCAUCUACUACGUAUCCCUUGUCUGUUACCAGGUUGAAACGAGGCACUCCCGAUGAGAAAUACAGUAGGCUGUUUUUUAUUUGUACAGUCAACUAAAUGGACAUUGCCAAAUUGUGAAAUGGAUUCGGUCAGUUGCCAAAACGACAAAUAAAGUCCCUCUUGAUCUCAGUAACAGACAUACUGAGGUCAAUCAAGGGCAUGAGCCAUCUAAGCGAGCAACACAGCUCCUAGCACUAAGACAUGACCUUCAGUAGACCUUGGCUACGUUUACAUGAGGCAUUUCAUUCAGAAUGAACUCUCUUUAAUUCUGAAUAAAUCUUAAUUCCACUUUGAAAACAUCAUGUAAACACUUCACAAUUUGGAAUUAAAUGAAAGAUCAAAGUAAACUCGACGGAACUGUUUAAUUCUGAAUUAUUCAUUUGGAAUUAAAAAUGUCAUGUUAAUGUAGCCGUUCAGAUGAAGAUGGGUUUUGUGUUGAGUGUAUUGUCUGUCCAUCAGUGGUGACACUCUGUUUCGGUUCAUAUAGACCUGUGUAUUCAUCAUGUACUUGGAACACUUAAGAACUUUUUUUGUUACUUACUAUGCAAUAUCUGGGUUUAAUACCUCCCAAGGGACCUGGAUUUCAAUCGUGGUGGUGCUGUAUGGUGUUUUGUUGAGGAUUAUACACAUGGACUAGCUAUUAUAAACCAAGUAAUGGUGGCUAUGUGAAGCUUUUGUGAUAGCCAUGGCAUUUCCUCCUGGUACUGCGCCAGCCUCAGAGAGAGAACAAAGAAUUGGUCAACAUUGCGUGAAUUGCAUCAAAAACUUAUUCUAGUUUACAGUAUUGCAUUAACUACUAUGGAAGAAAGAAAGAGGCAUUGUUUUAUAUGAUUUGAUCUAGGAGAAAACGACGAACUGUUGCACAUAACACUACAAAACACACAAGUGAUGGCGCCAUAUCACUUGUAUUUGCCUUUUUUGGUUUUAGUGCCCAGGAUCUCAUCACAAUACAGUGGUUUUGCUGUUAUGAAGUGUUGAAACUACAUUUUCUCAAAAUAUAUUAAUUGAAAUUCUCAAAUAUACCAUUAUAGUCAUAUUUA